CAAUUUUUCAGUUUACGCCGUACGUUCGGCUUAGGAGGUAUGAUUGUUGUGUGUGACGCGGAGUAUACGACAAAAGCCUGAACUCUUGUGCGUGUGUAUCACUUACGCGUGCAUGACUUUCGUCUCGCAUCUAUGAUCCAGAACACGUAACGACAACACGAAUAUUCCAGACUCCGCGGAUGUCGCGGGAUUGACGGAUGAACAGUCAGCCGGUACGCGUCUUGGUGGAUGCGUCUUAUUCUCGUGGUUUUGUCAUUUGCUAUUCAUGUACCAGCGUGCAUUCGCCACAUUUCAAAAAAUUCGUAACGAUACCAAAGAGUGCAAAAUAGUAUGCAAAGUCAAAGCAGAAUAUCAUCAAGUUUCAUCUUCCUAUUAUGCGUUUUUCUCUCUAAUUCAAUAUGGACUGUUAUCGGAAAUCCCAUUCGGGACAGGACAAGACGAGAAGCCGAGAUAGCGUCCACCAACUGGACCGCUCUGGCCGACGAAUGGAUUUCGGCGAAGGCCAGAGCUGCCGAAAAGAUGGAUGUCGCUCUGCUGCCGUUCAACGAAAGAUUUCGGGAAUUACCACCCACGGUGGAGACUUUUGUUGUUAACGGCACGAACCCUGAACAAAUGGCACGGUUAAAUUACUCGCGGAUGCUAUGGGAUAUGGAAACUGUCCAACCAAGUGGACAUCUGUCCGGAUUUGUUGAUAAAGCUCUUAAACUUCUAGAUCUGAGGCAAGUCAUGAUGGAGGUUGAAACCUCCGUAAUGUCCAAAGUAUCUUGUACUGCAUGCAAAGUAGGAGCCGGCCUGCUACAACAUUACAUAAAAGUCGGCAAGAGCGAUGAAGAAAUCAUGGCCAGCAUUUAUCAAUUCUGCGUGUCGCUUAACAUACAGAGCGCUCGAGUCUGCCACGGAGUCACUCUGCUUUUUGGGGGGGAAGUGAUCUACGUUCUGAAACAAGUGACUAUGGGUCCAGCACAAAUCUGCAGCUUCGUGAUCGGCGAUGCAUGCGAUGACGCGUUUAAUCCACUACACGAAUGGGAGGUGGCUUUUCCACCGGUCAAGAAACCGCCAAUCAAACCGCCAAUACCUCCGCAGGAAGGCGCGCCGACCUUCAAGGUGUUGCAUAUCUCCGAUACACAUUAUGAUCCCUAUUAUCAGGAGGGCGCGAAUGCCGAAUGCAAUGAACCGCUCUGCUGUCGACUGACAAACGGCGCUCCUUUAACGACCUCAGCCGCCGCUGGACGGUGGGGCGAUUACAGAAAAUGCGAUACACCCAAAAGAACGAUCGAUCAUAUGCUGAAGCAUAUCGCUGACACGCAUUCAGAUAUUGAUUACAUUUUGUGGACGGGUGAUUUGCCACCUCACGAUGUGUGGAAUCAAACGCGAGAAGAAAACCUUAAAGUAUUGCGUAAUACGGUCGCACAAAUGGUAGAGAUGUUUCCCGGCAUACCAAUUUUUCCUGCCUUGGGAAAUCACGAAAGCGCGCCGGUCAACAGUUUCCCACCACCCUUUGUGCCUGAAGAAAAUAGUAUCUCAUGGCUGUAUGAUGAGCUUGACAAACAAUGGCGACGCUGGCUGCCAGCCGGUGUAUCACAUACUGUCCGUCGCGGUGCCUUCUACUCCGUUCUAGUUCGACCAGGCUUCAGAAUUCUCUCUGUGAAUAUGAAUUAUUGCAACAACAAGAACUGGUGGUUGUUGAUCAAUAGCACUGACCCGGUCAGCGAGCUACAAUGGCUCGUGUAUGAGCUGCAAGGUGCCGAAAUCAAUGGUGAGAAAGUGCAUAUAAUCGGUCAUAUUCCACCUGGACAUUCGGAUUGCCUUAAGGUGUGGUCGAGGAAUUACUAUCACAUCAUCAACCGCUAUGAGUCAACAAUCACGGCCCAGUUCUUCGGGCAUACGCAUUAUGACGAGUUCCAGAUAUUCUAUGAUACAUCAGACCUCGGCAGAGCGCUCAGCAUCGCCUACGUCGGUCCUUCAGUUUCGCCAUAUUAUGAUUUGAAUCCCGGCUACAGAAUAUAUUAUAUCGAUGGAGAUCAUCCAAAGACUACAAGAAUGGUCAUCGAUCACGAGAGCUGGGUCAUGAAUCUCAAGGAAGCAAAUCUUUACGAUUAUCCGAUCUGGCAUAAGUUGUAUAGCGCACGACAAGCCUACCAAAUGGCAUCGCUCUUACCAAAGGACUGGGACUCCCUAAUUGACAAAAUGACCAACGAACCAGCCCUCUUUGAUCUCUAUUACAAACAUUACUAUAAAAAUUCUCCAGUGCGACCGGCGUGCAAUGACGAAUGUCGCAAGAGAUUGCUCUGCGAUUUGCGCAGCGGAAGAAGUCACGAUCGGAAAGCGUUAUGUCAGAGUCUGGAAGCGCGGAUCGACGUCGAAACUAGAACAGGCUGGCGGGCGUGGAUCUAUAAAGGACUCGCAUUAUCAGGAUUCUUUGCGAAACAUAUUGCAUCGUAAUUAAAGGCAAUUGUAUUUUUUUUUUUUUGCAAGCUCCUUCGAGUGUUGUCUGCAUUACAACAAAAAAAAAUGAAAAGAACAGGAAUAUGUGCCCUAUAGACGAAUAAGAUAUUAUACUACGUAAUCUUAACCACGUGCCUUGUCAAAAAAUACGCUCUUUAAAUAUGUUCUUCCUUAAUAUAAAAAUUUUUCUAAUAAAAUAAAUAACG